AUGUGCAAUCACCUAACAUUCAUUAUAGCAGGUCUUGCAAGCUUUGUGUUGAGCUAUGCAGUUGAGCAACCAGUCGUUCCUGAUAGAAUCGUUCGCCGCUGCGACAAUGAAACCCAUUCGUUACUCUGGCCAUAUAGCAACACCUCAUUGACACAGUCAGCCUAUGGCCCAAGUGUCCCUGGCACGGCGGCCUCGGGUCUCACGGCCGGGCUUCCAGCAGGUCUGCCCUUCUCUUGGCCUUGCGGCUAUGGUGGCCUUCCGUGCUUUCCAACUGCAACAAACCCAACUGCCGGGGCCACGAGUGCUGCCAACGCCUCUUGGACGCAAAGCGUUGCGACUGCUUCCAACAGCAGUAGUCAGUCGUUCAAUAUUGGCCCGGAGAUGACUUCGACUCCAUCCUCUUCUUUCGAUCAAUCAGCUGCUUCAACGAGCAGGGAGACCUCAACUGCAGCUGAAAGUUCGCUUUCUGGCAAUGUCACGACGAAUGCCACGACUUCCUUCUCCCCAGAUCAUAGUUCUGGGGCAAGUAUAACACUCUCCAAUGCAACUUUGUCGGGCGGAUCCUCCAGUUAUGUGGCUAUGACCACCCUGACCACCAACGCCACUGCCACUGUGUUUCUCAACCACACGCGUACAGUUGGACCUCCACCACCUAUGACUUUUCCCUGUCGAAAUAGCCUAGGCUCUACCUGCUUCCCCGCCAAUGAGACAUAUGCGCCGACGGGCUCAGGGACUGGCGGUUGGGCGCCGCGUGGAAGCAAUGCAUCGACUAACACCUCGCAAGGGCUUUCUUCCGCUGUUGAGACGCCUUCGCGAAACGUGACCGAGCUUGUGGCAACCCUUACGAUCGGGUCCACACCGUCACUGGAAGUUGUCACCUUAACGGCCACAGUCGAUGUGGGAGGCUUGCAGACCUCUUCCAGAGUAUGGGGCAAUGGGACUGGGGCUGCCAACGCAACAGGCACAGGCACGGGACCAAUAUCGUCUGCGAAACCUGACGUUAUCACUAUGACGAUUGUGGUUGCAAGCAAUUCAACCGCGAUACUCGGUACACAGACGUCCUUGAGCACGGCCAAUGCAUCUAACACUGUUCCCACGUCCUCUUCAGAAUCUGUAACGGCCAGUGCAACCGCAAUUACCGGAAACACCACGUCUGUAACCAAUAUGACACUCUCUCCGGCGACAACAGAAAGCACGUCAAGCCUGUCUGUUUUCGUAUCCGCAACGGGAACGGGGAACUCGACAUUGUCAUUCAUUAAUGGCACCUUGACGGGAACUGAGACUACAUCGGCGCCUUACUGGGGCAAUACUACCUCCAGCACCCCUUGUCCAUGGGAGGUGUCGGACAGCAGUCGAGUCUGGAGCGACUGGAAUCUGACGGCCUUAUCCUUAACCUACAAGGGCAACAGCUCAGCCUCUGCCCAGACGACUUUCAAUUCCCAGAUCGCGACUGCAGCUCCAACCCCUCAACCAACGUUCUCAGCCUCCUUGUCCGUUUCGAGUCCGACCGCCAAUUCCACAACCACAUCCGAAUCUGACAACUCACAAAUCCAAGUUACCCCAACCACUCUGCCUGCAAACAUAUCCAGCAGCUCUGAUCUUCAGUUGGGCUCCACCAUGCUUUCAGGCCAGGGAGCGCCUACCGGCCUCAGUCCUAACGCUUCUACCAUCUGUCUGGCUAAUGCAACAGUCGCGAGCUGUCCGAGCACAGCGGCGCCGUGGCUGUCGACGGCAGCCAUAACUGGAACUGCUGGAGGAAGCGGGAGAACUACACUGACGACCUCGUUUGUUUCCAAUCCCAAUAGCAGCGUCUCAAAUACCGGCGGGUCUGUCGUGCCGCGAUGGCAGGCUAAAGCUCGCUCCGCCAAUGAUGUUAUGCCACUCAAGAACCGGUCUGCUAGAGGCGAUAGAGACAAAGCCAAUGCGCCUCGACACACUCUGGACGAGACUGCAGAAGAGCGUGUUCUCGAUGGUGAGCACGUAGGUUGGGUGGGUGGUGUUGUGCAAUGA